AUGAAUAAUGAAUUGAGGAAAGCGGCUGUGAUGUUUUUGCGCAAUGCCAUUGGACGAAUACUUGCCGACAGGGACGUAAAGAAAAAGGAGAACGCGCAACUUCGAAAAGCUUGUGAGCAAGCGAUUGAAGAAUUGGGUAUCGCUGAUACGGGUGACGAUGGGGCGACCGGAAAUGUGCUGCCAUCCAGGUCGCAGUUUGUGCACGCCGAUCGUUAUUUUCUUCCCUUCGAUCUGGCUUGUCACUCCAAAUCACCACGCAUCGUUAUCAUCGCUCUCGACUGCUUACAGAAGUUGAUAGCUUAUGGACAUUUGAUGGGUAAUGGAGUGGAUGUGUCAAAUCCAGAACGCCUUUUGAUCGACCGGAUUGUUGAAGCAAUAUGUUCACCGUUCAGUGGCCCAAAUACCGAUGAAGGUGUGCAGCUACAGAUCCUGAAGGCUAUUUUGGCAGUGGUACUAGCACCAACAUGUGAAGUGCAUAAAGCAACCCUGCUACUGGCAGUAAGGACAUGUUUCAACAUAUAUUUGGUCAGUCGGAGUCCAAUUAAUCAAUCAACAGCAAAAGCCUCCUUGACACAGGUAUCUGCAUUUCUGAAUUUCUUAAUUACUUGCAAAGCUUUUGUGUUGACGGUGAUCAACGCUGUAUUUGGGAAUAUGUUGAAAGCAGAAGAAGCAGUUUCUCUCACGGAUGAAAGUGACGAGAAGUCGCAUUUUCAGAUUGUACAGACCGUUGUUAACUAUAUGGUGGACCAGGUUGCAAUGCAAAGCGAUGAGCAAUCGAGUGGGACUAGCCGUCAGGACAGUAUCGCUAUUUCGAUGGCAGCAGAAGUGCUGGCUGCAGCGCCCCGUUCCUUGAAUCCCGUAUCACUUGCGGCCGAUUCUUCAGAACAUAUCGGCGACGAUGUGCCGUCGUUGCAUCUGUAUUUCCGGAGUGUACAGGAAGAAGAUGCAUUCCUUUUAUUCCGAGCUCUUUGCAGGCUUUCGACGAAAGCACUUCCGGAACGUCCUGAUCCAAGUAGUCAUGAACUGCGUUCGAAAGAGCUUUCCUUGGAAAUGUUGUUACUGAUUGUGCAGAAUUCCUCAUCACUAAUCCAUUCCUCGCAGCCGUUCAUCCUCGCACUACGACACUUAUUAUGCGUCUCACUUUCGCGCAAUGGCGUCUCACCAAUUGUUUCCGUUUUCGAGAAAUCACUGGCAAUAUUUGUGCAACUUGUCAACAAAUUCAAAAUGCACUUAAAAGUGCAAAUUGAGGUUUUCUUCAAAGAAAUUAUCUUUUCAAUACUGGAAAGCAGUUCGAGCUCAUUUGAGCACAAAUGGAUUGUUAUUAAUACGCUGGAGAAGAUCUGCGAGGAUCCGCAAAGUAUGGUGGAUAUCUAUGUAAAUUAUGAUUGCGAUCUCACUGCAACAAAUAUCUUCGAGCGAAUCAUCGAUGGCUUAUUUAAAGUUGCUCAGUGUAUGGUCGAUUGGUUCGAUGAUAUUUGUUCCGGGCGGUCAGUUCCCGAGGACGUUGAAUGUGUUGAGGCAGCGUCAACCGAGGCAGCUACAGUGCCGCAAUCAUCAGCAGUGCAUCAGUUCGAGCAGCUGAAACAAAGGAAAGAAACUAUAGAGCACGGAAUCCAUCUGUUUGCCCGCAAACCCAAUGAAGGCUUAAAAUUCCUUCAAGAAAGACAACUUGUUGGGAUGGAACCGGAAGAUAUAGCUGCAUUUUUUCACAGUGAAGAUCGACUGGACAAAACUAUUGUUGGCGAUUAUCUUGGCGAUGGCAGUGACUUUAAUAAGCGUGUGAUGUAUGCGUACGUUGAUCAGAUGGAUUUUGCGGGUCGUGAGUUUGUUGCUGCUCUCCGACAAUUUCUAGAUGGAUUUCGGCUUCCCGGUGAAGCGCAAAAAAUUGAUCGUUUGAUGGAGAAAUUCGCAUCGCGCUACUGUGAAUGUAAUCCAAAUCUCGGUCUUUUCGCUUCUGCCGAUACUGCUUAUGUACUGGCGUAUUCGAUCAUUAUGUUGACAACUGACUUACAUAGUCCGCAGGUUCGAAAUAAGAUGACAAAAGAGCAGUAUAUUGCAAUGAACAGAGGAAUAAACGACCAAUCGGAUUUGCCGCGGGAUUAUCUGUCCGACAUUUAUGAUGAAAUUGCUGGCCAUGAGAUUAAGAUGAAGCCAGGCCUCAACAAACUCCCAAAACAAAAUGCGCAAGCGACAUCUGAACGACAGCGUAAACUUCUGCAAGAUGUGGAAUUGGCGGCGAUGGCACAAACAGCACGAGCCCUUAUGGAAGCAGCUUCACACUAUGAAGCUGCCUUCACCUCCGCUUCGCACUACGAACACAUUGCUUGGACACCUUGUCUGGCAGCAUUCAGUAUUGGCCUGCAAACAUCGGAAGAUGAGCACAUCAUAUCGUGGUGCUUGCAAGGAUUUCGACUUGGAAUUCGAAUUGCUUGCAUAUUUCGUUUGGCCUUGGAGCGGAACGCUUACAUACAAGCACUGGCGAGGUGUGCUUUUAUCCACUUUUGA